AUGGAUGUGCAACUGUACGUGUAUGACCUUUCUAAAGGUCUCGCACGAAACAUGUCGAUGCAAUUUCUCGGUAUUCAAAUCGACGCCGUCUACCACACUUCAAUCGUACUCGACGGCAUAGAAUACUAUUUUGGACAAGGCUCAUACGACCUGUUCACGCACAACUGCAACAAUUUCUCAAACGAUUUCGCCAUGUUCCUAGUCGGUAAAGGAAUACCAGACCACAUCACCUCACUUCCCCAGACGGUCCUGAACACGCCAUUUGGACAGAUGCUCAGACCGCAGAUAGACGCCGCCAUGCGUCCAAUCACACAGGCACCUACGCCUCAGCCCGCCCAUACCGUCCACUCACAACCCUGGAGCGCCAAUGGCACUACAACAGGGCCGUCUGCGAACGGAAUGGGAAGUGAAUUAGAGAGAAACACAGGCAGGGUCAGCAACAUCACGACACUGAAAGAUGUAGAUCGCCUGCUUGCAUUGGCAAAGGACCGCUGUGCCAUCAUUUUUUUCACAAGCUCGACAUGCCCUCCUUGCAAGCUGGUAUACCAACCAUAUGACGAUCUUGCGGCCGAAAUAGGCACAAAGUGUGUCUUCAUCAAGAUUGACUUCAGUCACGCCGAUCACUCUAUUGGCACUCGCUACCCACACGUUCGCGCGACUCCAACGUUCAUAACAUACCUGAAAGGGGAAAAGCAAGAGGAAUGGAGUGGGGCAGACCCGAGACAGCUGCGGAGUAAUGUUGAAAUGCUCGUCAACGCUGCGUUCCCGCCUCAUCCGCAUUUGGACAAGAGCACGCCCACGCUCUUACGGCAAAGUCAAAGACCUGUCAAAUUCACCAAGGUUCCGCCAUUAGAGAAAUUGGUCGCUAAAAUGGGCGACCUUGGAAACGAUCCUGCAGUAGCAUCUAUAGUGUCUUUCAUCCAAGCCCCCCUCCUGGACGAAAAGCAUGCCGCGCUCAAGGCCUCGGCCCUGAGCUUAGCGAUGAACAUCUCGUCUUCAGGUCACCAGGUACGGAUGAAGAAGUACAGCGCCAACCCUUCACAUUCGUUGUCCUCGGAGUGUGAACUGCCAGAGUCCGAGCAGGUUGAGCUCUUAGCCUCGCUGCUGGAGACUAUAAGCACUGAGGAGCAUUGGAGCGAUAACAUGAAGAUGAGCGUGAUAUGUGUGGGGUGGUUGGUGUAUGCAGCUGACAUGAACGGCGAGCUACAUGAUUUGUGGAAAGUCACGGAUGCGGCUGGUACUGUAGGCAAGGCCGACGCCAAAACGGCCGAAGAUCGGUUGUUAGUCAAGGAAGUCAAGAGCUUGUUGGAAGCAUAG